GGCGCGCUGGGCGAGGGAGACGGACGUUGAGAGAGCGAGGAGGAAGGAGAGAAAAUGGCGUCCACGGACUAUAGUACUUACAGCCAAGCAGCGGCCCAGCAGGGCUACAGUGCUUAUGCGGCCCAGCCAGCUCAAGGAUACGCACAGACAACACAGGCUUACGGGCAACAGAGCUACGGAGCCUACGGGCAGCCAACUGAUGUCAGCUACACCCAGGCCCAGACAACUGCUACCUACGGACAAACUGCAUAUGCGACUUCCUACGGGCAGCCUCCAACUGGUUAUACCACCCCGACAGCUCCUCAGGCCUACAGUCAGCCGGUACAGGGGUACGGCACGGGGGCCUAUGAUACCACCACGGCUACUGUUACCACCACUCAAGCCUCUUAUGCGGCCCAGUCUGCGUAUGGCACCCAGCCCGCCUACCCGACGUACGGGCAACAGCCGGCUGCUACGGCACCUACAAGACCCCAGGAUGGGAGCAAGCCCGCUGAGACUAGUCAGCCUCAAUCUAGCACAGCAGGCUACAGCCAGCCCAGCCUAGGAUACGGACAGAGUAACUACAGCUAUCCCCAGGUACCCAGCAGCUAUCCCAUGCAGCCGGUCACCGCACCACCAUCCUAUCCUCCUACCAGCUAUUCUUCUACGCAACCGACUAGUUACGAUCAGAGCACUUACUCCCAGCAGAAUACCUAUGGGCAGCAGAGCAGCUACGGACAACCGAGUAGCUAUGGUCAACAAAGCAGCUACGGGCAGCAGCCCCCUACUAGUUACCCCCCCCCAACUGGAUCCUAUAGCCAGGCUCCAAGCCAAUAUAGCCAGCAAAGCAGCAGCUACGGGCAGCAGAGUACAUUCCGGCAGGACCACCCCAGUAGCAUGGGUGUGUAUGGGCAGGAGUCUGGAGGUUUUUCCGGUCCAGGAGAAAGCAGGAGCAUGAGUGGCCCCGAUAACCGGGGCAGGGGCAGAGGGGGAUUUGAUCGCGGAGGCAUGAGCAGAGGUGGGCGGGGAGGAGGCCGCGGUGGAAUGGGCAGCGCUGGAGAGCGAGGUGGCUUCAAUAAGCCUGGUGGACCUAUGGAAGAAGGACCAGAUCUUGAUCUAGGCCCGCCCGUGGAUCCGGACGAAGACUCGGAGAACACUGCCAUUUAUGUGCAGGGGUUGAAUGAGAACGUGACUCUCGAAGACCUGGCCGACUUCUUCAAGCAAUGUGGUGUGCUCAAGAUGAACAAGAGGACCGGGCAACCCGUGAUAAACAUUUAUUUAGACAAGGAGACGGGAAAACCGAAAGGAGAUGCCACAGUAGCCUAUGACGACUCUCCUACUGCUAAGUCCGCAGUAGAAUGGUUUGACGGUAAAGACUUCCAGGGGAGCAAGCUCAAGGUUUCCCUCGCCCGAAAGAAGCCUCCAAUGAACAGCCUGCGUGGCGGCAUGCCCCCCCGGGAGGGCAGAGGGAUGCCCCCGCCGCUCCGUGGAGGUCCAGGGGGGCCUGGAGGCCCUGGAGGUCCCAUGGGCCGAAUGGGUGGUAGAGGAGGAGAACGGGGAGGCUUCCCCCCAAGAGGACCCCGUGGCUCCCGAGGAAACCCGUCUGGAGGAGGAAACGUCCAGCACCGAGCCGGAGACUGGCAGUGCCCGAACCCUGGAUGUGGAAACCAAAACUUUGCCUGGAGAACAGAGUGUAAUCAGUGCAAGGCUCCCAAACCGGAAGGCUUUCUCCCGCCUCCCUUUCCGCCUCCAGGCAGCGAUCGCGGCAGAGGUGGCCCCGGCGGCAUGCGAGGGGGCAGAGGAGGCCUGAUGGACCGCGGCGGGCCCGGCGGCAUGUUCAGAGGCGGCCGCGGGGGAGACCGAGGCGGCUUCCGCGGCGGCCGCGGGAUGGAUCGAGGAGGCUUUGGCGGCGGGAGGCGGGGCGGGCCCGGUGGGCCCCCAGGGCCGCUCAUGGAGCAGAUGGGAGGAAGAAGAGGACGCGGAGGACCCGGGAAAAUGGACAAAGGUGAACACCGCCAGGAGCGCAGAGACCGGCCCUACUAGAGGUAGAAUCCCCGCAGAGCUGCAUUUACUACCAGAUUUAUUUUUUAAACCAGAAAAUGUUUUAAAUUUAUAAUUCCAUAUUUAUAAUGUUGGCCACAACAUUAUGAUUAUUCCCUGUCUGUACUUUAGUAUUUUUCACCAUUUGUGGAGAAACAUUAAACAGUUAAAUGGUAGUGCGCUGAGGUUUUUUCUUUCCCCCCCCCCCCCUUCCCUUCUUUUAAGAUGGUUGUUUAACCUUAAGACUAAACCAAUGAGAAACCAUUGUUGUGAGCAUGCUCAAUAUCAUUGUGUGGAGAACCAGGAGGAGAACUAACUGUAACAAUGUUAAUGGUUGUGAUGUUUUUUUUUUUUUAAAUAAAAUUCCAAAUGUUUAUAAACGUAAA